AUGGAACCUCCGAAAGGUCAAGGUUGGAUAUCAUAUAAUCGUGAAAUAAUUAGGCAAAUCAACAGUAAUCCAAAAAUUGCCCCUCAGGCUUCUUUUAAAUAUGUAAUUAAAAAGCGAAUACGUCGGCCUUCGCCUGAUGAAGCUGAUCAGAAUCACCAGUAUGGUGGAAUAGCUGCUGAUCAGUUAUUACCAAAUGCAUCACUUGAAGAUGUCCCUGAAAAUCAUGCAAUGAGCGGUAUUCUUCGCAAAUUGCAAAACGACAUGCAACGUUUAAGAGAUAAGAUGGACGACUAUGAACGUAACGCUGAAGCGCGAUAUAACACUCUAAUAAAUGAAAAUCGUUGUCUCAAACAGUAUAUCAAACAGCUUUUUAAUCUUCGUAAUAAUGAAGUUGAUGCAACUAUGCAAGGCAGCCAACAUUCAAGAGCAUCUUCAACCUCAUAUACUCAUAUGUCUGGCGAGGAUGGUGAUUAUUAUACUGGUGAAAAUGAAAUGAAUGGAAUGAAUAGGAAAGAACGUGGAAUUCAUCGAAAAAUUCCCGAUGAACCUCCACAGUUUGCUUUAGAAUCGUCUUCACUUGGUGGUGGCGACGAGCAAAAUAUUGGCUUUAUAAGGCGAGAAAUAAAGAGUGAAGUGUCAUCACCAAAUAAAAUCGAAGAUGGAGAAGUUAACACGACGCCGUGCUCUACAACUGUUGACUCAAAAAAUAUUUCUCAAUUUCCCACUGAAAUGGGAUAUGCCAGUAUAAAAGCAUUGCCAACCGAUUUAAAAAAACCAGAAACUUAUCAAUAUUAUGAUAAUAGGCGAAAGAUGGUUGUUGUAUCAGAUGAGUGGCAAGAAUACGCUCUUUCUAUUUAUCCAGUUCGACCAAAUCGUUAUUGGAAGAUUGAAAAGGAGGAUUAUGAUAAACUCAUACCUGAUGCAUUUCUAGAAGAAUAUGCGAAAAAGAAAGACGAAAAAGCAAAGAUCGAUUUGAUACGAUCCAUUAAAAAUUGGUUUCAUAUACAACAUCGUGUUGCACAAUUAAGUUUGGUUUUGAAAUAUAAUCCAGACAUUGCAGAUCAAGAUUUAAAACGAAUUAUGCAGUUCUACAAGAAUCAAAUGAAAGAAAGAAACUGGCCAAUAUAUUUACAUCCAUUAGAAAAAUAUGAAAUUGAAUUAGCGGAACAGAAUCUAGAUGAGCCAUUGUUUUAUUAA